GGGAGGCUUCCUGGGGCAGUGGCGGGGAGGACUGCGAGGGCAGACGCUCGAAAGCAACCCCGAAGGUGAGACACACACGUCCAGCCUAAGCGAGACGCCCCUGCUCAACGAGAGCCCUUCGGUCUGCGCUCGGUAGAGGACUCGACUGAAAAGGUGGAGGGCCCGGGCUCGAGAGACGCAACGGAGUCGGUGAACGACUCGAGGGACGAAGAGCCGCAACCACCGGACGUGGCUGCCACUCUGAGCGGCCUUCUUGCGGGACUUCCAACCCUCGCGGGUCCCCAGCGCCUCGCCACUUCCCUCAGGCAGAAGUUUGUUAACAAUUCUGGUUUCCCCUGGCUCGGCCUGAUGCGCGUCGUCUCGUUCGCUGUAGACACAACACCGAGCAGCAGCAGCGUAACAUCGGCCGUCAACUCUGAGCGUCAGCAGCUGCGGGCAAUGCUUCUAUCGACGAAAUUCGCCUCGUCGACAUAAGCCACGAUGCAGAGCAGACUGAAGCCUUAAAAAAAGAAAACGAUCGAAAGUUCAAAUUUUCACAUACCACUGUGUAGCAUCCGCUGGCAUGAACCGCGCAGAGCUUUGAAGAAGUCGACAUCGAAUCUCCGAGAAUCUCCGAGGAAGAAGAUCAGCGAGGAGCAGUAAGCAACUUCAAGCGAUAACCAUGUCUUCGAUAAAGAUACCCGUGUUGAACCUCGAGGUGGGCGAGGUGAAGGAGAUCGUCUGGACGAAGCUGCAGGAGCCUGUGGCCCAGCGUAGGCUGAUCCUGGUGAUCGUGUGCAUAGCUCUCCUGCUGGACAACAUGCUGUACAUGGUGAUCGUUCCCAUCAUCCCCGACUACCUCAAGUACAUCGGCGCGUUCGCCGACGAGUCGUUGCCUCCCAACACCACAGCUGCACCGGGUCAUCACGGCCAGGACUCGGCCACGGGUGUACUGUUCGCCUCGAAGGCCAUCGUUCAGCUGAUGGUCAAUCCGUUCUCGGGAGCUCUGAUCGACAGGAUAGGCUACGACAUCCCCAUGAUGAUAGGCCUGACGAUCAUGUUCCUCUCGACGGCCGUCUUCGCCUGCGGCCGCAGCUACGGCGUUCUCUUCUUCGCUCGGAGUCUCCAGGGUGUGGGCUCGGCGUUCGCCGACACCUCCGGACUGGCCAUGAUCGCCGAUCGCUUCACCGAAGAGAACGAACGGUCCAAGGCGCUCGGCAUAGCUCUGGCCUUCAUCAGCUUCGGAUGUCUCGUGGCGCCGCCUUUCGGCGGUGCUCUCUACCAGUUCGCUGGCAAGGAGAUGCCUUUCCUCAUCCUGGCCUUCGUCAGCCUGGCCGACGGUCUGAUGCUGCUCCUGGUGAUGAAACCUUUUAAGGAGCAGCUGAAGGAGAGCCGCAAGGAGAGCGGACCGACGAUCCCCAUCUGGCGGCUGUUCAUCGACCCUUACAUCGCCGUGUGCGCUGGUGCCCUCAUGAUGUCGAACGUGGCGCUGGCCUUCCUGGAGCCGACUCUCUCGCUCUGGAUGGAGGACAACAUAACGCACGACAACUGGAAGAUGGGUAUGGUCUGGCUUCCCGCUUUCUUCCCCCACGUCUUUGGUGUGGCGAUCACGGUGAAGAUGGCCAAGAAAUAUCCGCAGCAUCAGUGGCUCAUGGCCGCCGGUGGACUGGCCCUCGAGGGCUUCUGCUGCUUCAUCAUUCCCUUCUCGACCUCGUACACGUUCCUCAUGAUCCCCAUCUGUGGUAUCUGCUUCGGCAUCGCUCUCAUCGACACGGCCCUGCUUCCGACCCUAGGUUACUUGGUGGACGUGAGAUACGUGUCGGUCUACGGCAGUAUCUACGCCAUCGCCGACAUCAGCUACAGUCUGGCUUACGCGAUCGGUCCGAUCAUCGCAGGUGGGGUUGUGGAGGCCAUCGGCUUUACGGCUCUCAACUUCGGGAUAGCCUUCAGUAAUCUCCUGUACGCGCCGGUACUCAUGUAUCUCAGGCACAUCUACGACUUCAAGCCGUUCCAGGACGAGGCCAACAUCCUCAUGCAAGAUCCUCCGGACAAGGAGUACCAGACCUACGUGCUUCAGGAGCAGAGACCGGUUUCCGGCGAAGUCGGCAACCACCUCACCUCCCAGACGAGAAUGGAGACCAACGUGGACCAGGACGUGGGCCAGAACUAUCAGAACUACGGCGAUCAGAGUUACGGCUAUCAGGGCCAAGCCCAGCCGAACCAGAGCUACGGCUACAACGAGCAGCAAAGCCAACAGGGCUAUCAGCAAAGUGUCGGAUCUGGUUACGAGAUGCAGCAGAACGUACCGCAGCAAGACGCUUACUACGCGCAGUCGGGCUAUCAACAGCAACAAAAUGUCAGGCCAGGUAAUCCUAAUCCGUUUAGGAGCGAACCGACGGAUCAACGAUCUGCUGGAGAUAGUAAUCCUUUCAGGCAAGGGAUGUUUUAAAGUAUAUGAAGGAACUGAAGACAAAAUCGUAUAAGUUAUUAGAAAGAAAGUAAAAAGAAAAAAAUGCAAAAUGGUGAAAUACUAGUUAUGUAAUUAAGUUGAUAUGACUGUGAUUGGUUGAAGUUGCAGACUGUUGUCUUCAUGGCAGGCUUCCAGUGAUGAAGAAUUAUAAGAGAUAAAUAAUGAAUUGUUAACGAUGGUAAAACGAACAAAGCUGAGCGGAUCGAACGAAGAUGCGAGCGACGGCGUGAGAAGAUAUAACGCAGGCAAGUUUUGAGAAAGAGGGAAAAAAAUAAUGAAAAAAAUAAUAGUAUAAUUAUACCGAAGUCAAGCAAUUGUGAACUAUACCUUCGCUUCCAAAAAAGAUCAUCGUUAGGGUCGAAUACUGAUUCAUUCUUCAUAAAUAAAUAUUGUGUGCUUUUGGCAUUUGAUCUCACUCUCUCUCUCUCUCUCUCUCUCUCUCUCUCUCUCUCUCUCUCUCUCUCUCUCUCUCUCUCUCUCUCUCUCUCGUGGAUCAUGACGUAUAGUAUCUCCUUUUUUUGAAAAGGGAACGACCGGAGAGUCAGAUGAAAUGUGUGUGCCCGAUGAAUAAAAAAAAGUGCGAUUGUCGUGAUUAGUAAGAGAUCGAGUAAUAAAAAAUAUACAUUAUACGAAAUAAUUGAGUGGAUGUCAAGAAUAAUUGUGUGGCUGUAAGCUCGUUCGUGUUCGUUUUGUGGAUCAUUGUCGCUCUCCUAAUGGGAUUUCUAGGUUUCAAAGUCGCGAGUGUAUCAGGUACUUAUCUUCUGUAGAUUACACGAUAUUUUUUUUCUUCGAAAUUUAACAAGAUUUUUGUCGUUAGUGAGAAAUUAAUCGAUUGCACACUUCGUAUUAUUUCAAUUUCACCUAUAUAAGCAUUUGCCAAAGUGCAAACGUUCGAUUGAUAUUCAAUCAUUUUAAACUCUCGAGCUCUAAAACCGAAAAAUUCAUUAAGAGUUAGUUACUCCAAUCAGCACAAAAGUCGCAUAAAAAGUCGAGUAGAAAACAGUUUAACUACGACGUAACAUUGAUAUUAUAAGGAGUGCAUUGCUACUGACCGAUUUCAUUGACCUGGAUCUGAAUGUGUACGACAUGCAAGUCGUCUCUUAGAAAUUAUUUAUCGCGUUAUUUCUUCAUUUCAAUGACCAAGAAUCUCGAUUUUUAACAUUUUUUUCGGCGUUUGACGACAUUAGGAGUUCCACAUGAUCGCACAAUCGAGGAACAAAGAUAUACUAAUGAAAGUGCAAGUCGAUUAGUAAAGAAGCGUAAUUCUAAGUAUAGAUGAUAAAAAAAACGCGUGAUAAUAUCUGCCGACGGGUUCCACUCAGCAAGGCACCCCGGCGCACAAAUCGCGCGUUUAUAGCUAUUUUAGUUGAAAGUUAUUGAAUUUUUAGUUGAAAUCAUUCGUUGCUGAACCAAGAUAACAUAUCAGGAAUCGCGUCUCGUGAUAUCCAAAAAAGUAGAUUUUAAGAGGAAAAAAAAUAUGUUUAGGAAAAAAGUUAGGGAAAUACGUAAGCUUGUCUUAGAGGUGGAUCGAUCAACAUCGAGUCGGUGCAUUAGUCUCAUUCUAUCGUACUAUAUAAAAUACAAAGUGUUACAGCUAAUCGCAUCAAAUCAACUGGUUUUCAUUAUAUAAUAUCAGCGUUGUAACUUUUAGGCAUUUUAAUGCGGAUCAAGUGUUCAACGUGUGCAAUUUAAUUAUAUCGUGCCUCUCUGACUCUAUAUCGUAGGUUAGAGAUCACAUAUAAACAAAAAAAAUGAAUAUAUAUAUACAAUAUUUAUGUAUUAAAAUCGUUUGUUAGAAUGGUUGACUAAACAAAGAAAAAAAAAUUUCGAAGUUGAUUUUUCUGCCCUAGCACGACUCAUUGUAAGCAUAUCGUAGAUAUACAUGUAUAAAUAUAAUGCAUAUACAAUAUAUCAUAUACAUAUUAAAAGAAAUAUAUAGCUGUAUUUUUAUGAGCGUUCUAAAGCUUUUUCACUGUGGAAAAGGUUCUUAAGAGAUAAAUGAUCAGGGCAUAUUUUACAUGACACGGUAUAUUGUAUCUCUGUGUUCAUUUAGAAUGCGAUUUAUUGAGAGCUGGCCUCUGAUAAUUUAAUGAUUUAUAAUUGAAUUUAUCGAUGAGUAUUAAUAAAGUACCGAUUUGUUGAAAGUUUUUGCAAAGCUUGUUUGCAUGGAUAAUUUUAUAAAAAACGAAAUGAAAGUAUAUAACUAUAACGUCACCAUAUAAUAUAGAAGCUUAUCAAAAUUCCGAAAAGCAAAUAAAUUCUUGUCCGGCGCAUUGGUACUGAGUUGAUGAUUCGAUUUAUUGAUUAAUGCUUCUAACAAUUAUCAAGAAUAAACGAGUGUAAAAUUAUAUAAGAGACUGUAAGUUAAAUAUAAAAUUAUAUCGAUAUAUAUAUAUAUAUAUAUAUAUAUAUAUAUAUAUAUUUGAAGCAAUUAUAAACACACGAGUGAUCAUACAUGAAAGUUGGCCGAUUGAAACAUUCCGAUCGAUCGAACACUAAGUUGUAAGAACCUAUGAAAGUAAAACCGAGACCUCUGAUAAGAUUAAUUUUACUUUAUAUUUGUAUAUAUAACGCCGAUGAGUAAAUUGAUUACCGUCGCAUGAUAUGAAAAUUUGAAAUUAAAUGAAAGCUACAUUGGUUAAUUCGAAAUUUCAACCCCUUUUUAUAUGAGAAAAAUUAUAAGUAAACUAUUCUGUCGGAGAAACGCGGUAAAAAAUGUUUCGCUAAGGAAAAAAAAAUUUUUUUUUAACGAUAUUCUUAAGAAAGCGAACUAUAAAGUCGCUUAAAAGCCCUGAAUGCUCACCAUCAUAGUCGCGAAAAAUCAUAAAAAAUUCAUCAUUUAUCGACGAAGCGCGAGCGUUUGGAAUAUACAUUGCAAGGCUAAAUAAGCGAUGAUUGUUCCAGUUUCUUCUAUUCUCUUGUAAAUAAAUAACUUAAAAAAUAUAAAAAACUGUAAGAAUAUAAAUAUAUAUAUAUAUAUUUAGAGAAUUAUUCUACGUCGCAAAUUUUGAAUUGGAAUCGAAAUCUACGAUUCGCCUAAAGUGUAUUAUAGUAAUAUAAUUAUGUUUUAAUUGUAUUGAACCCUAGAACUUACACAAAUCGAAUAACCAAUAUUGUAAAUAACAAUUAUCGUAGAAUAGAAUUUUUUAAUUUAUUAUUCGUUACGUAUAUAAUUCAUUAAUUAGGUCGUUUUUUUAUUAAUUAUGAUCAUAUUCACACGUUUAGGUUUUAAGUGAAAUUUACAUUUGCAUUAGAAUUAUGACGUUUUAAUUUCAAAGUUUUUUUAUCUGAAUAUGAGGUAUUCAUAAUUUGUAAUUUACCAAUAGUCAUGUAACGUACCUGUUUCCGAGUAUAACCUCUUCUCUAAGCGUCUCGCCAGAAUAAAAGUUAAAAAAAUGUCUUUAAAGAUGUAUACUAUGUUGUGAACUUUGAUUUCUAGUAAGUUUGAAAUUCUGUACUCGUAAAUAAAAUGUUUUGGCAUGCGUUUUUUUUAUUAAAAAAAUUGUUAAAUACUUCGAUGAAUCGUCGAGUUCUGUGUUUACUUACAGUAAAAAAAGAAACUUGGCCACGAUGGCUAUAUGUGCAAUAGAUCCUAUACAAGUCGGUGUGAGCAAGACCUAAUGUACUAUCAUAUCGGAAUUUCUUUUUAGUUUUACGAAAAAUAUAAAGUUAUUGAAAAUUUGUGAAAACUAAUUCUUAAACCAAAUAUAUCAAUUAUAUACAAGCAAACGCAAACACGCUUAGCCAGUGUUCGAGUCGAAUAUCCGGAGUAUAAUUUACAGUUAAAUUAUCUAGUUAUUUACUUAGUUUUAGAUGACAGAGGAAAGUAAGUUUUCAAAAGUUGAUUUCAUUUAUAAUUAUUGAAUCACUUUGACUUUAGACCGGCUAAUCGAUUCCGAAAAAACUGGCUAAUGAAAGCUCUAAAACACGCAUAAUGUAUGUAUGUAUGAUAAAUAACAAUAUUGCUUAAACUGAAAAACCAGAUGUUGAAGUGUAAUUUCGCAUGCAACUGAUCAUAUACUAAUACGAAAAAAAAAAUUAUGAUUUAUCAGUUUAUAACAUGUAUGACGCUGUAACAUUGUUGAAACGGUUAUUAAAUACGUCAUUGUUACCGAACUAUAA